AUGUAUUCACGCAUCAUACAGGCACUUAACAAACGCAGGAGUGCCAAUGGUAGAACAGAGACAGACAAGAAAGCCGUGCAAAUCCGCAACCAAGCUGCCAAAAUGUUGAUUGUCAACGGUGUGGUUUUCUUCAUUUGUCAGUCUCCAUACAUUUUCAUCAUUCUCAUUAUCUGGAUAUACCGUAUAGCUCAAAUUGACAAUCCAAUUGAUGAAUUUCUAAUCAAUGGAGGUGCUUGGCUCAUGCACCUGCCGCAGUUUAUCAACACCAUUCUUAAUCCUGUGAUCUACGGUGUGACAAACAGGCAAUACCGAGCUGCCUUCGUUCAAGCCUUUCACCUGAAGGCCCCCACAACUAGACAUCAACGCACACUGCACCCGGUCCAUGCAAUAAGUCCUACAUCAAAUACUGCUGCACAGCCAAGUUCAACUGAAGAAGGAGACAAUGACAAUGAAUCUAUGAAAGGAACCUGGCUAUGA